UUGAAAUAGUUAAAAAUUUUGUAUUUGAGAGAGAAAAUUAGUAAGCAGCUAAUUUUUUUUCAUGGGGAUAGAAAAUGAUGAUCCUACAGAGCAAAAGAAAAGGGUAAUUAGUCACAAUUUCCUACCUUUUGGGCGGAUAAGUGAAAAAAGUGCUGACUACAAAGUUCUGAGACUCAAGACUAAAAGAAACCUCAUUGUCAUCUGAUUGGAAUCUUUAGAUAAGCUUAACCCUAAAUAAAUGUCGAUAGAUUUUUUCAAACUUCAUUUAAACUUUUAAAAUUAAUUCCUUUAAAACAAACCGUUACCUUUUGUUCCUAUCCCACAACACCACUGAAGAACCUUAGUAUUUUUUUAAGCCUAAUAUUAAAAUUCUUUUUCAGCUUAAUUGGGUAUCUUUUUCACUCAGUUGUGCUCCAGGCAACCUUUCUGGCCAUUUUUGUCUCCUCAGGGCUUGCCUUGCCUUGCCUUGCCUGGGCACUAUCCCAUACCACUUGUCAGCUACACACAACUGCCUGAUGCUUGUGACAGUUCUACCCAGGGCCAAACCUCUGUAAUUCCUGAAUUCAUUCCUCAACCAUUAACCUACUUCUAACCAGUCAUACCCACCACAUCCCAGGGAUUAUGAAUCCACAGCUGGCCAUUGUUCAAUCCUGUUCUUCAUUCUUUACUGAUUGUUCUCAUUCCCAUCCCUCUCUUCUUCCCGUCCCUUGCUUUCUGGAAUGUGCUCUGUGGGUAAUAAGCUAGAUUUCACCUUAAUCUUGUUUCCUUUCUUGCUUCCUUCAUGCACUCAUUGAGACUUGACUCCCACACGACAGCUUCCCUGACUGCCCAUUGUAGCACUUAAACUCAUAGGUCCCAACUCCCUAGUCUCAGCAAGGGAUUUUGAUUAGUCUGUGCUCACCAUUGUCACUCCAGGACUCAUUCCACCACCAGAACUCAUUAGCCUCUUGUUCCUUGACAUUCAAUCCAUAUUUAUCACCUAAUCAAGAUUCUGGUAGGCAUUAUCUACUGACCUCUAAGACACUCAUAGCUCAAUGAGUUCAGUUUCUGGAUCAGUUUUUCCUUCCCAACUCCUGCCCUUCUGCUUAGGGGACUUCACCAUAGAGUCAUCUCCUUGGUUUUACCAUCACCUACAGCUGUUCUACCCCUGAGUCCAUGAACUUGGCUUUCUUCAUCUAAUCAUAAGCUGUUUUCAUUUCACCUCUUCCCCUGCCCUGCAAUUCUGAACCCUGUUCCACUAAUCCUUAUCCUUCCAUUAACAUAUAUUUCCACUUUACAGUCUGGCUUCCAACCUCAUUUGAUACUACUAUCUAAAGUUACUAAUGAUCUCUCUUUUUAACCCUUGCCCUUUUGUCUUAGAUCAAUACUGUGUAUUGGUUCCAAGGCAGAAAAGCAGUAAGAGCUAGGCAAUGGGGGUUAAGUAACUGGCCCAGGAUCACCCAGCUGGGAAUUGUGAGACCUAGUUUGAACCCAAGAUCUCCAGGCCUGACUCUCAAUCCACUGAGCCAACUAGCUAUCCCAUAUGAUCUCUUAGUCGCCAAAUCUAAUGUUCUUUCUCCAAUCCUCAUCCUUGACUAUUCUAAAAUAACAUUUGAUAGUCUAUCAUCCUCUUCUUCAUAAUCUCUUCCUUAAGGUUUUCAUGAUAUUGCUCUCUCCUGGUUCUCUUUGCUGGACCUUCAAGUCAAGCUCACUUACUAUGGGGUUCCCCCAAGGCUCUUUUCUGGGGAACCUUAUACCUAUAGUAACAGCUUCAUUUGGUGAUCUUGGUUUCCCCUAGAUUUAAUCAUCUUCAUGGCAGAUGACUCUCAGAACUAUUUAUCCAGUUCUUGAGCUGGACAUCACAUAGACAUCCUAAAUACAACACUGUCCAAAACUGAACUUGGUAUUUCCCCCCACCCUCUCCCUUCUUAAUUUCCCUAUUAUUGUUGAAGGUACUUACCAUCUUCUUAGUGACCCAGACUCAAAACUUGGGUGUUAUCUUCAAUUCCUCACUCUCUUCCCCACGUCAAGUCUAUUGCCAAAUCCCAUCAAUUUAACUUCUUCACAUUUCAUAGAUGACUUCUUUCCUCUGAUGAUGCCACCAGCCUGGUCCAGGCCCUUAUUACCUCCUGCCUAGACGAUUGCUAUUGCCUUUUCUUUGACCUCUUCUCAUUUUCACUCUAGCUUCCCUGGCUCCAUUCAUUCAUUCAUUCAAGGCUCAGCUGAAGCCCCAUCAUCUGCGAAAAGCCUUGCCACAUCCUUAAUUUUGGUGCCUUUCUUCCGAGAUUACCCUUAGUUUAUCCUAUCUACAUCUUGUUUGUACAUAGUUAUUUGUAUGUUGUUUCCCCUGUUCGAUUGGGAGCUCCUUGAGAGCAAAGUCUGGUGGGGGUGGGGGUGUUUUGCUUUUCUUUUAUUCCCAGGGUUUAGCACAGAGUUUGGUUUGUAUUAGACAGGACUAAUAAAUGCUACUUACUUACAAAUCACUAUCUUAUCCAAAUAGCUGGAAAGGGAUGUAGGAAAGAGCAGUAUAGUAAAAGUUGCUUGUUUGUUUAUUUGUUUUUUAAUCCUAACUUUCUGCCUUAGAAUUGGAACUAUGGAUUGGUUCCAAGCCAGAAGAGUGGUAAGGGCUAGGCAAUGGGGAUCAAGUGUCUUGUUCAAGGUCAUAGAGUUAAAAGGAAUCUGAGGUCAAAUUUGAAUCCAGGACCUCCUGUCUCCAGCCCUAGCACUCUAUCCAAUGAAACACCUAACUAUCCCUGCAAUUAAGUUUUAGAAGUUAAACCAGAUUGACCCAUCCAUCUAUUAUAGAAACGACAUUGAGGUGAGGCAACCUUGCUAUAAGACAAAUCACUCAAUUAUAAUAGCAUUUGUAUAGAGUUAAGUUUGCAAAGUACUUCAUAAAUAGCUCAUUUUGUCACAAAAGAACUAUGAGAGGUAGAGAUUACCAUUAUCCUCAUUUUGUCCGGACGAGGCAGGUAGAGCUUAAUUGACUUGCUCAGGGUCACACAGCUUAAGUGUAUCUAAGGCUAGAUUUGAAUUCAGAUCUUCCUGACUCCAGACCCAUCACUAUCCACUGUUUCACCAAGUUAAUGUCUUUGUAUAACACUGUAAAUGUGGAUAUUUAUAUGUUCCUUUAUAUAUAUAUAUAUAUAUAAUUCAUUCUUUUUAUAUAUAUUCCUUUCAUAUAAUGGGAAAUUUUAUUUUUCUAAUUUAGAAGAAAAUACUAUUCAAAUGGGAAACGUUGCUUUGCCACUAGAGUUGCAGGGGAUUUGCCAAUUCUCAUAUGAGUCUUAAUAAUCUACAGCUGACUUCUGGGAGUUAGUGCAUUUCCUGGGUAGGGUGUGACUAGAGGAAAAAGCCUUGGUUGGAUAUACAUUCAAUCAAACUACCUACUAUGAAAUACUUAAAAGAUUAUGCCAUCGUCAUGUCUUGACCGUAAGGCUUUUUUCAAGAUUAAGGUUAAUGAUUGGAGUUUAAGGCAAGGAGGUAUGAAAUUGGAAAUUUCUGUAAGUCCCACUAUUCCUUUUUUUUUAACUUAGCUUCCAGGUUUUUAUAGCUGUUUACUCUAGGAUCAGAUAGAUUAUAGGGUUCCCUGCCUACAUUCUAUCAAAGAACAUCAAAAGUAAAUACUACCGAGGUUACAGAUACCAUUUUUUUUGUUGUUGUUGAAUGUGGGCCUAGAGACAGUGGCAGACAUCAUUUGGUAUGGAAACUGAUUCCUAAAGUGUGGGAGAAAAUUUGGGGAUUAAAGUGGGAGGGUAUGAAAGAAAUCUGGAAGCUUCAAAAGGAGAAAGUUGAUCUCCACUGCAAGCAUUAUAAUAUAGUUGCUUCUUCAAUCCUCUAUAUUUGUUGGAGAUACAUCUCAUUUGUCAGAUCCCCUUCAAUAUCUUCUAGUUUUCCUCUUUAAACUCAAAUCAGUAAAGUAAGCAGAGCUUUACAAAAACAUCUGUCUAAAAUAAACUACCUGAAUUCUAUAUUCUGCUCCUUUCUUGGGGGGGUGGGGGGAAGAGGCAUGUGGGUAACCAUACCUACAAACAAGUCAUUAACAUUUUUUUCUUUUACUAUUGCCCUUUAAACCUUUUAAACAAAUUUUUGUUAACUAAAAUAUCCUUAGAUACAGUUUUGCUCAUCAAUUUCACUACCUGUCAUUCUUUCUUUUUUUUUUUAAACAUUAUUUUAUUUGGUCAUUUUCAUACAUUAUUCACUGGAAACAAAGAUCAUUUUCUUUUCCUCCCCCCCCCCAGCCUUUCCCUCUCCCAUAGCCGGACGCAUGAUUCCACUGGUUAUCACGUGUUCUUGACUCAAACCCAUUUCCCUGUUGUUGGAAUUUGCAUUAUAGUGUUCAUUUAGAGUCUCUCCUCAGUCUUAUCUCCUCCAACCCUGUAGUCAAGCAGUUGCUUUUCAUCGGUGUUUUUACUCCCACAGUUUAUCCUCUGCUUGUGGGUAGUAUUUUUUUUUAGAUCCCUGCAGAUUGUUCAGGGAAAUUGCAUUGACACUAAUGGAGAAGUCCAUCACCUUCGAUUGUACCACAAUGUAUCAGUCUCUGUGUACAAUGUUUUCCUGGUUCUGCUCCUUUAGCUCUGUAUCACUUCCUGGAGGUUGUUCCAGUCUCCAUGGAAUUCCUCCUGUCAUUAUUUCUAAAAACAUGUCUCCAAAUAUCAAUCCUGUAUUUGCCUUCUAAUGAUUUGCCUGUAAAAUGUUGAGUAGGACAAUUCAGGUUUUCAUUUUCCUGACUGCUUCUGGCUCUCCGGUCUUCUAUUCCAUGCCUGAAUUGCCUUCUUACCCUAGACAUUUCCUCUUUUCCUUCUUUCUCUCUCUUCCCGGGGAACAUUCCCUACCCCUGACAUUUUCCCAUUUGUGAGUUCCUCCCAGAUUGUCCAUGAUGAGGAAAGCCCCAGCCCAGCCCAGCUUAGCUUUAUUACUCUCUUAUCUCUGGACCUUGGCACCAUUUCUUUCUCCCCUAUUAGAAUGUAUAUCACUUGAGGGCAAGAAUUUUUUUUUUUGCUUAAAUUGUAUUAAUUAAUUGAUACAUACAACAUGAAUACAAAAUGAGUAAAUACAAAUAGAUAUAAAGUAGAUAAAUACAAGGUAGUAUGUGGGAGGGAAGGCACUAAGGGAUCCCAAAAGGUGAAGGUGGGUUCCAGGGAGCUCUAGAAGGAAGAGAGGAAUUUUGAAGUAAGUACAAGGUGGAAUUCAUAGAGAAUCAGAUGCAUGGAAACAGGUGAAGAGUAAGAAAAAGCCAGUUUUUCUGGACUGCACUACCACAUGGGAGAGGAAGUAAUAUCUUAUGAGCUUGGGUAGGGCAGUUGCUAUAGGGAUUUAAAAGCUAAACAUAAGGGUCUGUGUUUGAUUCUAAAGGAAAUAGGAAGAAAGAGACUAAAGAGGACUGAGUAGAGGAAUCUCAUGGUCAGAUUUGAACUUCAGGAAAAUUCCUUUGGCAGCAUUGUGUAGGAUGAGCUGGAGUAGUGGGACAUUUGAGACAGAGAGACCAAUUGGUUUUCUGUUGCAAUAAUCUAGAAAAGAAGUGGCAAAAGCCUGAGCUAUUUGAGGAAAGAGAAGCAAUAGAUGUGGAAGAUUGGAAGGUAGAAAGAACAAGAUUAGGCAAUCAGUUGCAUAUGUGGGCCUAAUGCUAAGGUUAUGAACCUGAUAAAGAAUGGUGGUGACAAAAACAGGGGAAAAUGGAAGAAAGAGAAGUUUGAAGGAAAUGAUAUUGAGUUGGAGAGGUCUCUGGACAUCCAGUUUGAAAUAUAUUUUAUUUAUUUCAGAGGUUGUAUAACUCUUCUAAUCCCUCUUAAAGCUAGUGCCUUCUCUCUGAUUUUAUUUCCAAUUUAAUCUGUAUAUGUCUUGUCUGUAAAUAGUUAUUUACAUUUUGUCUUAUCCUGUGAGAUCCUUUAGAGAGAGGACUAUUUUUUUUUCUGUAUUUCUUUGUGUCCUCAGUGCUAGCAUAGUGCCUGGCAUAGAAUGGGUGAUUAAUAAAUACUUGUGGAUUUGGCUUGAUGACUUUAAAGCACAUGGCAAAUGAAUUAAUGAUAAUUAUAAGGCUAAACAUCUGUGUGUGGUAUGUUACUGACCUCUAAUUUUAAUUUAAGAAAAGAAAUCCAGGUGUGUAUUUUAAAAAAAUCCCUUCAAAUGUAAGUAGCAGAUCAUCAUACAAGAGUGGGAAAGAAUUUAAAGCAAAAUUGCUAUUUUUAAUGCAUGUUUUGAAAAAUUGGAGCUUAAAUAAUACUCUAGUUUUCAAUGGCCACAAAACACCUCCAACAAACAUAUCUUUGCAAAGAAAGGGUAGAGGAGAUUAUACUUUGUAAAUAAGUCCACAGAGUGUAGUUUAAGCUGAGGAAGUAGUGGAAUGUUGGCCUCCAAUCCCAUUGGUUGAGAUUAUUUAUCCAGAUGUUUAGACUUUACAUAAAAGACAGGAGUUACUGAAGCUGGUCCACAUUCCACGGUGAGAGGUACCAGCAAAGACAAUGGAAAGGGUCAUGGAAAGGAUAUUUUUUCUUUUUCUUUUGAGUCUUCUGGCAACUUGUGUUGUGCAUGGAAUUUUUAUGGAAAAACUUGCUACCAAGAAGCUCUGUGCAGAUGAAGAGUGUGUCUAUACGAUUUCUCUUGCUAAAGCUCAAGAUGAUUAUAAUGCCCCGGACUGUAGAUUCAUUAACAUUAAAAAGGGGCAGCAGAUCUAUGUUUAUUCAAAACUAGUGAAGGAAAAUGAAGCUGGAGAAUUUUGGGCUGGAAGUGUAUAUGGUGAACAUUAUGAAGAAGAAAUGGGAAUUGUAGGGUAUUUUCCCAGUGAUUUGGUCAAAGAGCAACAUGUCUACCAGGAAGCAACCAAAGAAAUUCCUACAACGGACAUCGACUUCUUCUGCGAGUAGAUAUUUACAGUCAUGGAAACUUCUGAUGAAAACCUUGGAUAUUUAAGACAUAACCACAAUCUCCCCAAACUAAACCAAACACCCACAGCCAACCCAGAGAAUCCUCGUUUUCUUAUUGAUAGUGAAAAUGUUUAUACAUUCAGAGCUGUUUCUACAUCCCAAUCAUUCUUCCUGGCUCUGCUGUUCUUGGAUAGAUGUGAAUUUUAGUUUCUAUAAAAUAAAAUGUUCUCUCCACAGCUCUUUCGGAGCUCAAGUGGACAGACAAACUAGGCAUUACCUAUGCAAUGGGACUUUAAAUUCCUUGAUGGACAACAUAUUGUAUUGAUUCUAUUUAAAGGUGCUAAGGGAUUGAAACCUAUGAGAAGAAUUAACAGUUGCUCUUUGGCUUAGAAACUAUUUCUACAAAUUAGUUUUAAUUGAACAAACCCAUCUUCUAAAUUGCUGUGAUGUUUCCUCCCAAGUUUUAAGACCUUUAAAAAAAAGUGAGACCUUUAGACGCAUUAUAACUGUAUUUUAUGACUGAAUGCCUUAAAUUGGGGUAGACUGCUUUAUAUAAGGAGUCACAGCAUCUAGAUUCUAACUUAAUUUAUUAGUCUCACUUCACAUUGUUCAAAGGCUUUUAAGUACUCUCUGUUCAAGCUAGCCUGGAUUAUUAGAAAUUCUGUGUCUCUUCUGCCUCCCCUGAUUCCUGGAACAUAAUUCCUCAUCUUUGACGACUAAAAUCCUUUUCUUUUGGUAAGACCAGGCUCAAAUGCUUGCCUCUUCGAAGAAGCCUUCUUUGUUUUUCCUCUCAUCAUCCCAUCCCUUAUAGCUGAAGUCUUUUCCUUCAAAAUUCUCCAGAGUAUUUUGUCUCAGUCUUUUUAUUAUACUCAUUUGUAAAUAUAUCAUACAGCCUCCCCCUUUAAGACUAUAAGCUCUUUAAGGGCAGGAACUGUAUCCUUUUUUCCUUUAUAUCCACAGCACCGAGCCCAUGAUUUCUUUGAACAUAGCAUGGGUUUACUAUGAUCUGUCAUCAUCUCUGCCUAUUGAAUUGACCUGAAUUAUUGAAUAUAUAACUUGCAUGUUAAACUUUUUUUCUCCAGCUUUUCCAGUGUUUCUAGUCUUGUAUUUUGAAGUAAUUUGAUUUGUAUGAAAUUUCCCUUUCAUAUACAAAUACCUUUAGUCAUAAAAUGAUGCAUCAGAAAUUCUCAGUGAUGCUAUUCGAGGACUUUCUAUACUGAACUUUAAAGUGGCUUUUGAUGACAUAGCACAAAUAUAACUUUUGAAAAAUAUAGUUGUGAUCUAAUUGUUUAUUUGCAUGUGAUUAAAAUACCUCUGUUUCUUUAAAAAACUAUAAUCUUUGUGCUUUGGAAGCAUUUUUUUAGCCUUUGAAUAUAGAAAAGUUAAUAAAGGUUUUAGUAAAAUAAUAGAUAUAAUCUUUUGUGGCUUUCAAAGGAUCUUUUUCAUAACAACCCUAGGAGGAGUGUGGUACAAGUAUUAUUAUGCCCAUUUCACAGAUGAGAUGAAAAAACAGUCUCUGUAUGUCAGAGUUAGUGCAUCUUAAGAGCAAAAUUUGAAGUCAGGUCUCUGGUCUCCAAGUCCAUCACCCUUUUGACUCUGAAUGUUGCUGGCAUGACCUUACUUGAGUUUAACUACAUUUUCUGCUUUCUGUGUUCUGCACAUAAGAGAAAAUCUGGUCCAUGCUGCUAUGAAUAUUAUUCUUGUAUAAUUGUUCUAUUGUUACCACGGCUUCUCUAACUAUUGUCUAAAGCAUGCCUAGUUUGGUGAGUGCUCAAUGUCCCUGAGUGCUCCCAGAUGCUAUCAAGGCUCUAAGUAAAGAGCAAAGCCUUA